AAAUUGACAAUUAUGUUAGACAAUCAAAUCAAUCAAAGAUUUUCAAUUUUUCAAAUUCAAAACAAAUAAUGGAAAUUGUUUGUGUAUAUUAAACUUUGUUUGGAAAUUGGAAUUUAUAACAUUGGAAUUAACACAGAACCUCUUUCAAUCAUUAAUUUUGCAUUAAAUUUAAUAACUUUGACAUAAAAUAAUGUUUAAUCGAGAAAACAAAAGUGUUGAAACUCUAACUAAUGAUUUACCUGCCCAGAAUACUCAGGUCAUAGAUGUGUCACAGAAAAAAAUGAACGAAACACUCAAGAAUCGUUUACGAAAAUAUAUUAAGAAGUUAGACGACACAAACACUAGCACAAAUAAAGAGGAGAGUGAACAGAUAGAAGUAGAAACAUUCAAACAACUUUACAAACCUAAACUGGAUGGUGAAGUGGAAACAUAUAAAAAGAUUCCUAAAUUUUACUUCAAACUGCCUCAUCUUGAUGAUGUCCUUGCUCAGAAGUUAAGAGAAGAAACCAGAGCUCAGUUCUUGCAGAAGAAAAGCAAGGAACUAUUGGAUAAUAGCGAGCUGAAACAUCUAUGGAGUUUGUUAGAGAAGUCUAACGGCAGUUACAGUAUGGCCAAUAGUGAUGAACUUACAAUUGAUUACCUACAAUUUAAAAAGAUAAGAGAUGAAGCAGGUCCAAAGUAUAGACCAUAUUUUACAGCAGAAGUCUUUGGGCGUCUUCAAGCAGCUGAAGGUGGUAUAGGACGCGUUCGCGGCGUCUCCCUGUUUAACUAUGUGAUGCGGCGGGUCUGGCUGCAGCAGACGAGGAUAGGCCUCUCUUUGUAUGACGUCACUGGACAAGGAUAUCUCACUGAGCAUGAUCUAGAGAGCUACAUAGCAGAACUGGUCCCGUCACUUGCUGCUUUAGAUGGACUGGAUUCCUCCUUCACUUCAUUCUAUGUGUGUACAGCUGCAAGGAAGUUCCUCUUCUUCCUAGACCCUCUGCGAGUGGGGAGGGUGAGGAUCCGUGAUGUAUUGUCUUGUUCGUUCCUUGAUGACUUAUUGGAGUUACGAGAGGAAGAUCUACCCAUGGAGCUUCAAGAACAGAAUUGGUUCAGCGCUGCGUCGGCACUGCGUGUUUAUGGACAAUAUCUUAAUCUGGACAGAGAUCAUAACGGCAUGCUGAGCAUUAAUGAACUUGCUGGCUACGGCUCAGGAACCCUCACCCGGGCGUUCUUGCAGCGCGUGUUCCAGCAGUGCCUCACGUACGACGGCGAGAUGGACUACAAGACGUACCUCGACCUGGUGCUGGCGCUGGAGAACCGCCGCCAGCCCGCCGCGCUCGCCUACUUGUUCAGAGUGCUCGACAUCAACUCGCAGGGGUACUUGGAUGCGUUCACGUUGAAUUAUUUCUUUAAGGCAAUACAAGAACAAAUGGUAGCCCACGGCGCAGAGCCAGUCAAUUUCGAUGACGUGAAAGACGAGAUAUUCGAUAUGAUCCGUCCCGAGCACCCCUCGAGGAUCACCCUCCAGGACCUGAUCCGCAGCGGGCACGGACACACGGCUGUGUCCAUUUUGUUGGAACUGCACGGGUUUUGGGCGUACGAGAACAGGGAGGCUCUGGCCGCGGCAGGAGACCAUGCUUGACAGGAGAAGAUGGAGUUCAGGAAGAAGAUCGAUAUCACUAUGUGACGAAGUGAUGGAGCUUGCGCGACGAGGUGCAGUGAUGUUUUAAAUGAUGAACAUUGAAAUCUUAGUGAUAUUUUUCUAAAACUCACGUGAUAUUAGGUCGGAGUAUGCCCGACUAGUUUCGAACCCAUACGGGACCCUUAAUCAUGAGCUGGUUCUUGCAUCGCGGCACGAUCCAAGCUCAGGAGUUUAGCCGUGUUUCAUAAUCAAUUAAUAUGAAUAACACUCACGAUAGUUUAAAUUCUAAAAUAUUUUUCUAAAGUAUAAUUCAUCAUUCAUAAAGCAUAUUUAAGCCAAUGGACAUUGGGGUGGUGGAAUGGUGACCUUGUAUUGGUAGGUGCAGUGUCGACCCCCCAUUAGGUGGACUAAGGACAUCAAGCAGGUUACUGGGUGCCGGUGGGUGGUAUUGGCUCGUGACUGUGGUGUUUGGAAGUCCAGCAGUGGACGUCCAUCAGCAUUUAAUGAUGAUGAUGAUGAAAGCAUAUUUCAAUAUAAUAUAAAAGAAUUGUAUAGUAUAUUCAAAACUGACAUUUUUGCCAAGAGAAUGCACGUCAGGAGUGCAUUAGAAAAGUAUUAAGGUUCGCAUUGUAACUCAAGGAUUGAUUUCAUACUUCAUGAUGAAUAUGUCAUUAAAGAUAGUCACCAUUAUCAUCAUUAGCAACUCAUAUUCGGCUUACUAUUAAGCACGAGUCUCUUAAAAGAGUGGUUAGGCUAAUAGUCCACAACGCUGGCCCAAUGCUGAUAGACAGACUUCACACACAUAGAGAAAUAAUAAAAUUCUCAGGUAUCCAAGUUUCCUCACGAUGAUUUUCCUUCACCGUUUGAGACACAUGAUAUUUAAAUUCUUAUACUAAAGAUAUUAAUUAUUUAAAAAUGUUAAAUAAGCUAAAAGUAAUACUUUUCUUGUUUCAUUAAAUAAAACCAUAAAUUGCUGUAUUAUCUUUUUUAAUAACACUGUAUUGUAAAAUAUGAAAUAAGAUAAAAGUUAACAAAUAACUGUCAAUGUAACAAAGAUAAACAAAGUUAUAUUCCUUAACCAAGUAACAAUAUUGUAUACAUUUGUACUGCUUACUAUCUAAUAAAACAGAACACUAUAUAUUUAUUGUGCAUCAUUUAAAGCUAUAACACACCCAUAAAAAUUGUCUUUCAAGCUUUAUAUAUAUAAAAUAACUAAUAUAGCUCGGUUCUAUGAUUCUGUAUGGCAUAUUAUCAGCACUAUGUUGGUGUAAAAUAAUAAUAAUUUGUACUUUGUAUAGAAACUGUAAAUAGUGACGUAUACAGGAUGUCCCGUAAUCAAUGGCUAAGACGCAAAUGGUACACCACCUAAAUAUCUAAAACUAAUUUAAAUAGGUUUGAAAAAAUCCCUAGAAGAAAAAAGUUAAAAUGUCUGCCUAAAUUUACUAAUGCAGUUAUUUGUUGUUGUAUUGACUUGUAAUUAAAAAAAAUUAAUUAAAAUUUAGUCUUAUUUAUUGGAAAAAUCAAGAUCCAAAAAAAUAAAAUAACUCAUUAGAGAUUUUUUCAAAACUAUUCCAAUUAGUUUUAGAUAAUUAGGUGGUUUAUCAACAAUUUGCAUUUUAUUCAUUAAUUAUGGGACACCCUGUAAAAAUUCAGUGCUAAAUGUCUACAACUAAUCGAGCACCAAUACUAGUAAACUAUUGUAAAUAUUAUGUAUAUGCUUAGGUCUCUUUAGAAAUUAACACUUAAUAAUAAUAAACAAUAUUGUAAAUAUGUAAAUAAUAUAUUAUGAUGCGCUUUAUA